AUGCGAACAUUAUUAUCACAAGAUUUUGCUCUUGGAGUUAUCGGUCCAGGUAAAAGUGGUAAAUCGACUCUGGUAAGAGAGCUAUUUGGUUUUGAUACUAAUCAAGAUAAGGAAAAACGAACUGAAGAUCUUCAUAGUUAUCGAGUGAACGAUGACUUUCGCGUGGUCGAUUUCCCUCAUAUGACUGCGGUAUUCGAUUCUGUAAGAAAUUGUUUCACUUGUAAUCAUGCUCUUGUUAAUGCUGUGGUCGUUGUCUUAAAUGCUGAACAAGGUGGUAAUGAUAAAGAUGGUGAAGGAUAUGUGAUAGCAAAAGUGAAAGAAUUGGCUAAAAAGGGUGUCCAUGUUCUUUACUGUUUCAAUCAAUGUGAUAAACUAGCUCUCAAACAUAAACCUGUGCGGAAUCAGCGAAAUAUCGACAAAUUCGGUUUGUAUGAGAGUGGCAAGAUAGAACAAAUGAAUGCAGUGAAUGAUAGUAAUUCAUUAGAAUAUUGGACAGAAGAACAUGUGGAAGCAAAGAGAAUACAAUGGGCAACGAAUUACCAGCUCGAUUUAGAAAAAUGUUGGAUGACAUUUUGUGACCUUGAAGAAACAGACCACCAUAAAUCUAUGAAAAAUUAUAGAAGGCUACGACAAAUAAAACUCCGCACUCAUUCGGAUAUUAAGACUGAAUGGUUAAGAGAGGUAUUGGGACAGAAUAGUGUAUCGGAAAGAAGUAUUGGCGAAAUCAUGCAUUUUCGAUACGAAGAAGAAUAG